AGUCAGUGUCAGGCGCACGUCAAUAUCAGCACCCGUGCGAGUGCCAUAGCGGCGCAUUCGUAACAUGACGCGGACGCGUUUCACCGUUUGGCGUCGGUCGAACAGAAGCGAGUGAUCGCUGCUGCUGCUGGAGCUCCUUUCGCUGCUGGCUUGCGUUUUCUUCCGUCUGACGCUAACGGACCGACAGACGGGGACGGCUGACGGACUUGACAGAGACCGUUCGCUGACUAGCAAUGGUGAUGGCACGUCGGCAGGAGUGGGUGCGAGAGCGCGUGGUGCGAUCUCGCAGUAUCGCGCUCAUCGUGUCCGUCCCUGUAGUGCUCGUCGCAUUCAUCUUCUUCAUAUUCGUCCUCGCUCCCGCCUCCGAUAACGACGAUGCCGGAACGGACCGCUCCCGUAACGGAAUCGGCGCGCAUAGUAGAUCCUCCGCACAUGGCGGGCUUUCAGGCCAUGCGGCAUUGUCAGGCGGCGGAGUGAGCAUCGGUGGGAGAUCGAAGCACGCGAUCAAGAUGGUGGUUGGGAGCGGAAAUGGCGGUGCGGAGGGGGAGGGGGAUCGGUAUGCGGUUGUGAUUGAUGCGGGGAAGGCCGAGAGCAGCAGCGUCCACGUGUACAGAUUCGAUUCGCGGAUUGAGUUGGGGGGGAUUCAGGGGAAUUUUGAGGUGGUGGAAUCAGUGAAACCCGGUCUGGCCUCAUACCACGAUGAUCCCAAGGCAGCGGCGGACAGCGUGCGGCCGUUGAUGAAGAAGGCAUUGAAAGCAGUGCCCGAGCUGACCAGACCAGUCACGCCCAUUCUUGUCCGGGCCAGUGCAACACUCAGACAGCUCCCCGGCGACAUGGCGUAUCAAAUCCUGCGAGAGAUCCGCCUGAUGCUGACGGAGUUCCCCUUCCCUUACAGCCAUGAUGACGUCAGCACGCUGGAAGGUGGUGACGAGGGCUGCUUCGCCUGGACAGCAGUGAACUUUCUCCUGGGAAAUUUUGGAGACCGCCUGGGGAACCACCUGGGGUCAACAGUGGCAGUGGUGGACCUGGGAGAUACCAGCGCCCAGGUGGCAUAUGCUGUCCCUGCUGAUGUGGCGGAUAAGGCUCCAGCUGGACACGUGAGGAGGCUGAGUGUGAUGGGGACGACCUACCACGUUCGUGUGCACAGCCUGCAAGGCUAUGGUCUCAUGGCGGGGAGAGCAGCGGUGCUACGAGCAUCAAACGACACCCAGGGCCAUCCAUGCAUGCACAUGGGCUUUAAGG